AUGGGCGUCCUAGCAAGGUGUGUCGUCCUCUGCUUCGUGUGGAGGUUUCCUGCGUAUCCCAAUGACGCGGGAUCUGCGAUGGAGGUCGAUUCUGGAGAGGGCCCUGGUCGUGGGACUAGGCGUAGUGCCGCCGAAGCAUUGGGUCACGUGGAGGCCUCUGGAGCGCAUGAAUUGGGUGAGAGUUCGGUUUCAGUCAUGUUGCAAGAAUUAUUCGGGGAGGACGUCUCUCCUAGGCAACUUUUGUUGGAGGAACAGGGCGCAGGCCGUGCUAAGGCGCACCGUCAGCUUCUCUAUUGCCCGGUGGGCCUGGGUGGCGUAGCAGCGACGCAGUUCGGGCCCACGUCGAUCUUCAUCUUUCUGGUGAAUUGGCUCCUGACUACCAAUGUCAACGUAUGUGCCUCAUCCGAAGACCUCUCUCCGCUCCCAUCUUUACAAGAUAUUUUCACCCAAGCGGUCUUCACGAAGGAGGUCUAUCCUAAGUCAUUGGUCGUCAUGGCUAGAGAAGAAUUUGGUAAGUGUUUGGUUAGAGUAUUGCAAACGAACCGAUGGGACGCAUGGGCAACGGACUCGGACUCCCCCGAGAAGCAGGCAGCGCGUGUUGCUUGGCUUGAGCUACUCAUGCUCUUCAACGUCUGCUAUCACCAGGCGUUGCGUUCCUUCGAACAUGGGAAGGGGCCCGGGCCGGACGGUCUCCGGGCUGACUUCCUUCGCCUCUUGCUCGAAAGCCCAGGAGGUAAAAGGGAUGGACAGGGACAAGCCAUUCCGCUUUCGCAAGAUGCUCGUCCGAUUGUGAUGGGCACUACUUGGCGGAAAUUAUGCUUCAAAACCACGUUUCUCUUGGAUAAGGUUCGGAUUCAGGAGCGUCUUGCCCCCCAGCAAUUUGCCGUUGGCGUGCGGUCCGGCGCUGAGGCCAUGAUUCAUGCUACUAGGGCUUGGUUGCGAUUGAAUUCCCAUAGAAGAGACUAUGUAUUGCUCCAAAGAGAUGUCUCCAACGCCUUCAAUAGUGUGCACACUCACAUGUUUUUGGACGAGUGUUAUCGCUUCGCCCACGCCUCCAGCAAGUUUGCCGAGUUCUGCUACGGGGUACCGAGCCACUUAGUUUACCAUGGUCGGUGUAUGCAGUCAGCCAGAGGCCAACAGGGUUGUCCGCUCAUGGGACCGCUCUUCUGCCUUGCACGCAAGCGUAUGUACGAGGAGGCGUGCGCUAAUGUAAGGGGGGCGGCCGAGUGCUUCGACCCUGAGUUUGCUGAUGACGGCUUCUGCGGGGGUCCGAUCUCACUGGUUUGGGCGAUCUUUGAACAGGAGCUCGCGCUCGCAGGGAAGUACGGCCUACACUUCGAUCUGAGUAAGACAAAGUUACAUAUCCUUGCCGGGGACGAUUUCCAAGGCGACUUGCGGCCGUUCACAGCACUGGGAAUUAACAUCAUCAAAGGAACCAAUGUUCAGAUGCUGCAGGUACCCCUGAUUGGUCCAACAUCAUUGUACGAUGAGUGGAAUCGCACGAAGGUCGGUGACCUCGAUCAAGCCCUCACUGCCAUUGAGACACUCCCCCACAAACAUAUCUCCCUCCAUCUCAUGAAGCAAUGUUUGAGCUUCCCGAAAUUGGCGUAUUACGCGAGGUUCAUGGUACGACUUGCCCGAAUCAUCGUGAAUUGGUUCAGGAUUCGAGCAUGUCAGCUCCCAUGGGGCGAUGGAGGAGCUCGCACCCGCAUGCACUAUACCCUUCGCGAUUCGAUCUAUGCGGUCGCGGAACGGGCUGGGAUGCGGCCACGGCUUGAGGCGGCGGGGCUAUUGCCAAAUGCCGAGGGCAGACGCCCGGUGGAUAUUCUCUGCAUUGCCACUCCUCUUCUCCAACAAAAUUCAUGGCGGAAAUAUCCUCGUUUGGCCCUGGACAUCGCUUUGGUAUCGCCGUACGCCGCUUCUAUUUUCAGAUCGGCCGCGUCGGGUUCGGGUGUGGCCGCUGCGGCAUAUGCCGAGCGUAAGCGUCGGGAUCGUAACACCGAGACGGCCUGUCAGGCGUCAACUGAUGUGGCCCAAGGGGCCAUUGGUCGUUUCCUUCAGGUAGCGUCUUCCACUCUCGGAGGGGUUGCGGACAUGGAAGUGGACGAAGAUCAGGACGAUCUUCCAACUCUACAGGAUAUCUUCACUUGUCCGAUCUUCACUAAAGACUAUCUCCCGGCAGAGGUUUGGCCGUUGGUUCGGAUCGAGUAUGCUAAACUGCUUUCUGCUGUUGUUUCUCAAAACCGACUUGACGCAUGGGAUCCUUUGCCGACUGAAGUAGGAGGUCGAGGCGUUGGAGACGACACUGUAGGGCAAGCCCAAGCUCGCAGGGCGUGGAUUGAGUUACUGAUGUUUCCCAAAAGUGUCUGUAGGCAAAAUCGGAGAGGCCAACGUCGUGGUCAAGCUAUUGCCUUCACGAAAUCCCUUUUGAUUCGGUGGAGAUUGGGAGAACGAAAGGGCUUAUGGGAUGAGGCGGUGAUGGCUGCUCGUACUCGCAAACCAAGGGGAGACUCGAACCAGACUCUGGAACGUAGAGAGGCCGAGGUUAGACGGUUGGUGGCUUUGGGGCGUUCGGGGCAAGCGAUGAAACGUUUAGUCUCCCCGGGUUUGGCCGCUUCCAAUGAGCAAAUUCGUCAAAAAUUGCUUGCGAAAUUUCCUCCGAGCCCAGCUGGAAAGCUUCAACGCACCGCGCUGCCGCCGACCCCAGAGAUCCCAUUGGAUGUUCUGUUCCAGUCCCUCAAAUCGUUUCCUACUGGUUCGGGGCCUGGCCCUGACGGUCUUCGAGCCGAUUUCUUGAAAGGAUUUGUGGGUCAUUCGUUGGAUUCUGAAUAUUUGAUGACGCUUCAUCGCUUCAUUCGGAUCGUUGUCGACGCUGAGUUACCUGAAGGCUUGCGGCCAUGGAUGGCUGGUGGGACGUUGGUCGGGGUUGGCAAGGUCGACAAGUCAGGGCACCCUGUCGCGCUCGACCAGGACGCUCGUCCUAUAGUCAUGGGACAAGUUUUCCGUAAACUCGCCUUCAAAUGUUCGUUUAGGCUUGACUCGGGUACGAUUAAGGCUCGACUUCUCCCUCGUCAGCUCGCUGUCGCGGUAGGAGGGGGAGCGGAGGCUCUCGUCCACUCAACUCGAAUGUGGGUUGCUCAGAACAAGUGUAACCAGGACAUGGUGCUCCUGCAGAAGGAUGUGAAAAACGCCUUCAACACUGUUCAUCCCCACGAAUUCCUCAUCGAUUGUAGACAAUACGCUCCGGCUUCGUCUCGUUUCGCUGAAUGGUGCUAUGGAGCUCCUUCCCAUUUAGUAUACGAAGGCGAACUGUACCCCAGUUCUCGAGGGCAACAAGGUUGUCCGCUCAUGAUGGCCUUGUUCUGCUUGGUGCGGAGGCGUCAUGCCGAAGAAGCUCGGGAGGCCGCCGGGAGUUCGCCCCCUUUUGAGCCGGAGUACGCUGAUGACAGUUUUAGUGGCGGUCGGGUCCAAGAUGUUCUCCGUUGUUUCCGGGAAGAAAUCAAACUCGCUGAGAAGUAUGGAUUUUCGUACGAUCUGUCGCAAUGCACUUUGUAUUUGCUGGCGGGGGAUGAGUUUCGCGGAGAUGUGUCGGGUUUCCAAGCUCUCGGAGUUCGGAUUCAAACCGGUACCGAUAUCCAGAUGUUGAAAGCUCCGGUUUGUGGGCAGACUCCCUUCAUGAAAGAACUUUGUGAUGGCAAAAUCGCCCGCUUCGAACAAUUGUUCCGAGCUUUGGAACAAUUACAGAGUCGUCAUGUUGCCUUCCACCUUCUCCAGAAGACAAUGGGUUUCUGUCAACUGCAAUUCCUUGCUCGAACCUCCCCGCGCCACUUCCUGGAAGGGUUAUUCACGUGGUAUGAUGCUAGGUACCGCCAGGCCCUAGAGAAUAUUUUGGGGCGUGCGAUUCCGGAUGUUUCGUGGCGCCAGGCGUGUCUCCAUCCGAAGCAUGGUGGCCUUGGAUUGACCCCAGAAUCGUUUCCCAUAGGAGAUCACGACUGUCAUCGGGCUGAUAUUGCGUACGUUGUGGCCUCUCGCUUUACGUCGGAGUUAUGUGCUCAGUUGGAUGCUUUUCAGCGGGAUGAUACGAGGUUGAAAUUUCAGGAGCUGGUUGCGCAAGGAGUGGAGGCUGGCUUGUUGCCAGCGACGCCCGAUCUUCGACCAGCUGAUAUCCUCACGAUCCCGACCCCUCUGUGUAGACAAUCCGCUUGGAACUUCCUCCCACGUGUGGCACUGGACUUUGCGAUAGUUUCUCAGUUUAUUGCUGGUGGUAGCGUCUCCAAUACGGAACGGUACGCUGAACAGAAGCGAACGAAUCGACAAAUCCAGCAACGUUGUCAUGAGCAAGGGAUAGGUUUUGAACCGAUUGUGUUCGACUAUGCCGGUGGUUUGAAUGUAGAGGGACGACGUAUACUGGACUCGUUGUGCAAAGCUGCAGAUGAACCCCUCGGACGGCCGCCAGGCCGAACGCGGAGCCUGUUGCAGGAGCGUAUUUCUAUACUCUUGCAACGCCACGUGCAUGUCUGCUUGGAGCGCCGUCGCACGGUUCAUCGCCGGGAGCCUGAGAUACUUGCAGAGAAUUUCGUGCUUGCUUGA